UAAACCAUCACGUGCAGCUGCGCACCCACCCUGAUCGGAGAAUCAUCGGUAGCUGUCAUGAGCCUCCUCGACCACUUACACCACCAUGAUACCGAUAUACGACAAAAGUCUUUAGUCUUGACCCUUGGCUAUUGUAUCCAGGCUUUGGAUAGAUUGAAUAUGGCUAGAUGACGUCUCAGGCGGAUCUGGUGGCAGAAGCAGUAUUGCAACAAUUUUGCAAAUUACCUGCGAAACGAAAACCUGCUGUUCGCGACAAUGGCAUUCAUGAAUGGGUUCCGCUGAGUGGCAUCGUCGCUGAGGAAAAUGGCAUUCUAACAUGUGUAGCCCUGGCAACUGGCAUGAAAUGCCUUCCGGCGUCAAAAAUAUUACAAUCCAAUGGUGUGGGCAUCCAUGACUGGCACGCCGAGGUCCUGGCUAUGCGGACUUUUAAUCGUUUCUUACUCGAUGAAUGCGCGAAUAUCCUUGAGAAAGAUGACGAGUCGAGUAUUCUGCAGAGGAAGACGAGCGCUUCCAAUCUUGACGACCUCCCUUUGCAGUUGUUCAAGAUCAAAGAUGGCGUCAAGCUGCACAUGUACUGCUCAGAAGCACCAUGUGGUGAUGCUAGUAUGGAGCUCACAAUGGCUGCUCAAGAAGAUGCUUCAACAUGGGAAAACCCAACUCCUAUAAAUACAAAGCCUGGAGCUAAUGCACAUAUCUCUUUGCUAGGAAGGGCUUGCUUCUCUAGGACUGGAAUUGUUCGACGAAAACCUGCUCGAGGGGAUGCACCUCCAACGUUAUCGAAGUCUUGCUCUGACAAACUUGCGUUGAAACAAUGUGCUUCGCUUCUCUCAGCUAUCACAUCAAUCUUCAUCGAUCCUACCAACGCAUACAUCAGCAGCAUCGUUUUGCCAAGAUCCCAAUACUCUGAUCUUGCAUGUCAACGUGCCUUUUCAGCAAAAGGCAGGAUGAACCUCAUGAACGGCAAAAAGUGGCUGGGAGGCUAUUCAUUUAGGGAGUUUUCAGUUGCGACGACGGGCCUGGAAUUCGAAUUUUCGAAAAGGUCUGUACAGACAAGGGCCGACAAGAUUUCAGCAAGCAACCUAGCAGCAACAUGGUCACGAUCAGGCUUCGAAGAGAACAUCAUUGGAGGAGUUAUUCAAGGCCGGAAGGCUUUCAGAACAGACGGAGCAAGUCGAGUAUCCAAGCGUUGUAUGUGGGAGGCAGCAAACGACCUUGCUAGUAGGAUCAGUGACGCUCCCUCUUCCACUACGAGCUCUCUAGGUGGUGAUACGUAUCGCCACUUAAAAGAGGGACAGUUGAUGGCUCAUAGACGGCAAGUUAAGGACGAGGCCCGUGAGACGGCACUGUCAGGGUGGAUCAGGAAUGACGAAGGGUCAGAUUUCCAACUAGAAAAACGUAGCAAUCAUUGACAUCAUUAGAGAUUGGUAUU